GCCGCGACCCUCCGCUGGCGGCCGACCGCGUCCCAUCGGGCGCCGCGCGGGGCGGCGCAGGUCGGUGCAGGGUCAGCCGGUCAGGCGCGCGGCGGCUCCGGCCCGGGCGGGCGCAGGAUGUAUACGCUGCUGUCGGGGCUGUACAAGUACGUGUUCCAGAAGGACGAGUACUGCAUCCUCAUUCUGGGCCUGGACAAUGCCGGGAAGACGACCUUCCUGGAGCAAUCAAAAACCCGGUUCAGCAAGAACUACAAGGGGAUGAGUCUCUCCAAGAUCACCACCACCGUGGGUCUGAACAUCGGCACCGUGGAUGUGGGCAAGGCUCGGCUCAUGUUCUGGGACUUAGGGGGGCAGGAGGAGCUGCAGUCUCUGUGGGACAAGUACUACGCAGAGUGCCACGGCGUCAUCUACGUCAUCGACUCCACGGACGAGGAGCGGCUGUCGGAGUCCCAGCGAGCCUUUGAGAAGAUGGUCACGAGCGAGGCCCUGGACGGCGUCCCCAUCCUGGUGCUGGCCAACAAGCAGGACGUGGAGACUUGCCUCUCCAUCCCGGACAUCAAGACCGCCUUCAGCGACUGCACCUCGAAGAUCGGCCGGCGGGACUGCCUGACCCAAGCCUGCUCGGCCCUCACGGGCAAGGGGGUGCGCGAGGGCAUCGAGUGGAUAGUGAAGUGUGUCGUGCGGAAUGUGCACCGGCCGCCGCGGCAGAGGGACAUCACGUAGGAGUGGCCAGCGCCCAGCGCGCCUGCAGGCCCGGGCCACCGACCCCGGGCACGGAGCUGGCUUUGCCUUUUGCCUUUGGGCUUUUCAUGUGCUGUUUCUUCUCUAAGACAAACUAUUUUCUGUGUCCUGAAAA